AUAAUACGAGGAGGGGGGGGGAAAACUAUUGCAAAGCCAGAGGUUUAAGGAGAAAGAGAAAAAAUGACCGAGGUCGAACGAGAGAAUUUGCUUCGCUACAGGGACUACAUAGUGAAGACUUUAAAUCCUGCUUAUAUAUUGAGCUACAUGAAAACCUGGCUGUCUGAUGAGACUGUGGAGAAAAUUCAAGAGCAAAGCAGCCGGCCAACCAAGGCAGCAGAACUCUUUCUUCAGGCUAUUCUACAGCUCAACGUGGAUGGAUGGUUCCGUGGUUUUCUAGAUGCACUACAAGCAUCAGAGUAUACCGGCCUUCAUCAAGCAAUUGACAGUUGGGAUUUCAAGAUAAUUGAAAGUUUGGAACCUCACAGGGAACUGUUGAAACGCAUUGAGCCCACUAUGCGGGACAUUGACGUCAAACAAAUUCACCUCAAGAUGCCAGAAUGCCUCCUAGAGCAGGAAUGGGAAGAAAUUUAUCAGAUUUGUGACACAAAAGGAAGAAAAGCAAGUGGAAGCAAACUGGUAGAAUGCCUGUGUAGAUCAGACAAAGAACAUUGGCCUAAAACUUUCCAAAUUGCACUGCAUGAGACUGGAUGCGAAAAGCAAAGCAGACUAUGGGAUUUAAAAGGAGACUUCUCUGUGUCACAUUCAGAUGAUAAUGCAGAUGUUGAAAUGGAAAAUGAAGAUGAAAGCAGCUGUGUUUUUCAAAUACAAAUUUCUGAAGAAGCAGAAUCUGAUAAUCUUUGUGGGAGUUCAUGUUCAGCUUCAGAUACCUUCCAGCAGACCAGAUACGUUCCAAGGAACCCAAGGAGCUAUCAGAUAGAACUUGCUGAGCCUGCUAUUAAUGGCAAACACACCAUGAUUUGUGCCCCUACUGGAUCUGGGAAGACUUUUGUGUCUAUUAUGAUAUGUGAGCAUCAUCUUUGCAACAGGCCUGCUGGGCAGACAGGAAAAGUGGUCUUCCUCACUACAAAAGUUCCAGUUUAUGAACAACAGAAGAAAGUCUUCAAUGAAUACUUCAAAAAUGACUACAACAUUGCAGGCAUCUGUGGGGAAAAUGCUUCCUUGAGUCCUGCAGGCAUAGUUAUUGAUCAGAAUGAUAUUAUUGUCAUGACGCCCCAGACUCUUUUGAAUUCUCUGAAUGAUGGGACAAUUCUUUCUCUUUCAAUAUUCACAUUGAUGAUAUUCGAUGAAUGCCACAACACUACAGGGAAUAACCCGUACAAUAUGUUAAUGUCCAAGUACUUGGACCUUAAACUGAAGCAAGGUGCACGCUCAUUGCCUCAGAUUGUAGGAUUGACCGCUUCCCCUGGCAUUGGCAAUGCCAAAAACGUAGGUGAGGCCAUAGACUACAUCUGCAAGAUUUGUGCUUCACUCAAUAUUGAAGUCAUCUCAACAGUCAGAAAGAACGUAAAGGACCUAGAGGAAAUUGUUCAUAAACCUGAAAAAAUUAUUAGGCUCGUUGGGACUCGACCACAAAAUCGCUUUGUAGAUAUUUUAUCUCAGAUGAUGUUGAAAGCAGAGGCUCUAGCAAGACAAUUUCAUCCUAUUGAUGACUUGUCUGUAAUGAAGAACCAAUGUUAUGGGACCCAGAAAUACGAGCAGUGGAUAGUCGACGUGCAGAAGAAAGGUGUGGUGUUACAGUUGCCAAAUAAGGAAGAUGAGAGCCGAGUCUGCAGAGCUCUAUUUAUUUGCACGGAGCACCUCCGGAAAUACAAUGAUGCCUUAAUCAUCAAUGAAGAUGCCCGAACCAAAGAUGCUUUGGUUUAUCUGAAAGAUUAUUUUGAGGAUAUCAAAAAUAGCGACUUUGAUGAUAUUGAACAUCAGCUGGCCUCAAAUUUUGAAGUUAAUUUGCUAGAACUCAAGGCUGCUUCCGGGGAUGAAUUGAAUGAAAACCCAAAAUUGGAAGAUAUUAGAGAGAUUUUGGGAGAGGCAUAUCAUGUCAACCCUGAGACACGCACUAUUCUCUUCGUGAAGACAAGAGCACUGCUGGCAGCAUUGAAGAAUUGGGUAGAAGAAACACCUGAACUUAAGCAUCUGAAGCCACAGGUGCUGAUAGGACGUGGAAAAAGAAACCACUGUACAGGCAUGACCCUCCCAAAUCAGAAAGGGACUUUGGAUGCCUUCAAAACCCAAGGGGACAGCAAGCUGCUAAUAGCAACGUCAGUUGCUGACGAAGGGAUCGAUAUUGCUCAGUGCAACCUGGUCCUGCUAUAUGAAUAUGUAGGCAACGUCAUCAAAAUGAUACAAGUCAGAGGUCGUGGAAGAGCAAAAGACAGCAAGUGCAUUCUUGUGACGAGCAAAAAAGAACAGGAAGAGAAGGAGAGAUACAAUUUACAAAAGGAGGCAAUGAUGAACAGAGCUAUUGAAGAGGUACAGAGCUGGGAUGAAAAGAUCUUUGCAAAGAAGAUCACCGAAUUGCAAAAGCAGCAAAUAAAAAUGCUAGAUUCUAAGAAAAAAACGACAGAACCCAAACCCUGGAAAAACAAUCGAGUCCUUUUGUGUGGCAAAUGCAAGAACAAGGCCUGCAGCACAGAGGACAUCCGGGUGAUUGAGGAGUCGCACCACACUGUUUUAGAUGAGAAAUUUAAAACACGGUAUACCACAGGACCUCAUAAGAAGGCACACACCUACGGGAAUUUUGAGAAAAAAGCCAAGAUGUAUUGCCUCAAUUGCCAUCACGACUGGGGAAUCAUUGUGAAGUACAAGACCUUUGCGGACAUGCCCAUCAUUAAAAUCGAGAGCUUUUCCGUGCAGGAUGUUGUUAGCAACAAGCAGUUUUAUUUCCGAAAAUGGAAGGAUGUUGAUUUUGCAAUGAAAGACUUCACUGUUGAAGAAAUACCUUAGUGAAGUACGGUCUGUUCAAACUUCCAUUUAUAAUCUUGCAUGACCUCGUUAAUUCUAUUUUAGUCAAAUUGAUAACUGAGGAACUAUUAACUUUCCACUUACUCCAGUGUAAAUUCAAACUCCAAGGUAGCUGUGACACCUGUCUGAUUCUUAGUACGCUUCCAUUAAUUCCUCAAAAAUGCUGAUCUGUUUUCUUUUGAUUAUGCAAUCUAAU